GCUCUUCGUCCAUAGACACCAGUGAACACCGCGGUGGUGGUAGGCCGGUAUGGCCAAGGUAUGGAUCGGAGACUAGAACGCGCAACUCGGUCUAGAGUUCCUUUGUGAUGUUAUCGAUUCAUGGUUUGUUUUGUCCUGAUUCCGGUGCGGCAGUGGAGGACGAAGAAGACGGCGGCGGCGGCGGCGAGCGGCGGUGAUAAGGCAGGGGGAGACAAGCUGCUGCCGCCGGUGAAGGGUCGUCGCAGCGAUGCGCCGGCAGAUCAGGAGGUGGUGAUGAUCAGCGUGCCGGUGCACUGCGAUGGCUGCGCCAGGAAGGUGCGCAGGUCUCUGCUGCGCCUCGACGGGGUUGAGGAAGCGACCGUGGAGUACUCGACCAACACGGUGGUGGUGAUGGGCCGGAAGGCCCUGGAGGACCCGAUGAAGGUGGUGGAGACCGUGGAGAGGAGGACCGGGAAGAAGGCGCUGCUGCUGAGCCCAUCGCCGGGCAAGCUGCCGCCGCCGCCGUCGUCCGUGGAUACCGAGGAGACCAAGAAACAUGAUGUUGCGGAUCUAGACAUGGAAAUGGUGGUUGUGCUGAGGAUCGAACUGCAUUGUGACGCUUGCUGUGAGGAGAUGAAAAGGAGGAUACUGAAUAUAAAAGGAGUGGAGGAAGCCGUGCCGGAUAUGAAAUCUUCAGAGCUGAUGGUUAGGGGGACGGUUGAGCCAGCAACCCUGGUAGGCUUCAUCCACAAGUGCACGGGAAGGAAAGCUGCCAUUAUCAGGGCGGAGCCACUGAUGGAUCCUCCGCCAGCCGAAGCAAUGGCCGCCGAGCCAUUGACGGAUGUCAAAACACCAGCAGUUGAUGCCAACGUAGAGCAACAAGAACGACCAUCUGACAAUCUAGAAGAGAAAAAUGAAGGAGUAAAAGAAGAGAUGAAAAUGGAGGAGCCAAGUAAAGGCAAUGGAGUUGAACUUGAAGAGGAAACCAAGAAGAAUAUUCCAGAUGAUGCAAGCAGCGGAGUUACAGAGGAGAACCAGUUGAUGAAGGAUCACCUAUUCAAUCUUCCUAUGCCGGCUGCAGUUGUUGGGGUGGAGCCUGCAGAGAGUCAGAAGAUGGCCAUGAACAACAUCUACCCGUACUACUACCAGCAACCAGCCUGUGCAUAUGGAUACCCGAACUAUGCUUAUCAGCCGUAUCAACAAUACCCUGCUUAUCAGCCAUGUCAGUGCUCUGCUUAUCAGCCGUAUGGACCGUGUCCGCACUGUCCACAGCAGACUUCCGGCUAUGAGAACCCAGAUGGAUGCACCAUCAUGUAAUGGGAACGAUAUGUGACUUUUAUGUUAUAUAAGUGACAAUACAUGAAAUAAAACAGCUGUGUUACCGCAUA